AAAAAAUGUACAUGGCCUUGAAAGGGUAGACGAACACGUGAAUGACGACACGUGAUUGGUUGCUACUGUCAUUCUAUCUGCAUAGGGAUGUAACAAAUCAUUUUGAAAGCAAUAUGAAUCAACACAAGGUCAACUAAUACAGUUGACAGCCAAUAAAAAUAUUGCAUAGAUGAGUGGGCUUUAUUAUGAUUGGCUAUUGUAUAACCAAUAAAAAUUAUUCACAAUGUAUGCUAUGUUUAAAGCUUAAUAUAUUACGAAAUGAGACCAUUUCAGUUGUGCUUCUGGCUAGAAAAAAAAUUGUUUAUUGCUUCUAUCAUAGUGUCACGUGAAGCUGUACAUAAACAACUAUUCAGUGGACGAAAAUUCCUAUUGUUAUGUCAUCAAUACGUACCUGAACAAUAUAUAUUACUAUUCAAUGAUUCGUCAAUGGAACAAAGACAAUUAAAUUCACUUUGUUUCGAUUUAAAUAUGAAGAUGAGUGAAAGAAUUUAUUUUCAAUUGGACUCCUGCGCAAAAAUACUCGAUUAUGAUUUUUAUUGA